UCUCAAGUAUAUGAAUUUUUUUUCAAAAGAAAAGUUUACUAAAUUCAUGAAGGCAAUCCACUCAAAAGAAAAGGGAAUUUAUAUUUAUAUUUUAAAAAAUUAAAAAAUAGGGGAAAACGGGCUGUUAAACCGCCGUCUUCAACCUCUCAACUCUCGGUUGUUCCUCCAUUUCCUCUCCCUUCCUUUCUUUGAAUGCAAACUUAACAUUUUGAAGCAAUGGCAAUCAAGAAAUCAGAUGAUACUAACAAAGCUUCAUCAACAAAUUCUGAAGAAAACCCUGAAAUUUCUACCAACAUUUUCAACAAACUAUUUGGAGAAACCCCAAAUGUUGAACCCACUUGUUCUUUAUUUUCUACCGAUAAUCCAUUCCGCAGAAAACUCACCGAUUUAUCACAAAAAACCCCAAUUCUUGAAAACCCUAAUCAUGCCGACCUUAAAACAAAGAAGAGAAAUGGAGGUCAAGAUGAUAGUCUUUUCAAAAAGGGUAAUACGUUGAAGAUUGAGAAUUUGGAGAAAAACUUUGAUUUGGGAUUGAAUGAAAACUUUGAGAAAAAGAAGAAGAGGAAGAGGGAUGAACUGGAGAAAGAAUAUGAGGCAAAAAAGUAUGGAACUUUACCAGAAGUGGAAGAAGAAGAGAAGCGAAAGGAAAAGGGUAGUGGGAGAAAGAGAAAAACAAUUGAUGAUCCUGCAGAAAUGGUGGUUUCUCAAGAAGGAUAUGAUGAUGAAAGUAAACUUUUAAGGACUAUUUUUGUUGGUAAUUUGCCUUUGAAGAUUAAGAGGAAGGUUCUAACGAAGGAGUUUAAUAAAUUUGGGGAUAUUGAAUCUGUUCGAAUUCGAUCCGUUCCUACUUUGGAUGGAAAGAAGCCAAAGAAGGUUCAGAUAUUCAGUGGGAAAAUUAAUGAGGCACUUGAUAGUGUCAAUGCCUACAUUGUUUUCAGAACCGAGCAAGGGGCUGAAGCCUCCUUGGUCCAUAAUAUGUCUAUGGUUGGAGGGAACCAUAUCCGUGUCGACAGGGCUUGUCCACCACGGAAGAAAUUGAAAGGAGAUGAAGCUUCAGCUUCUCUUUAUAGUAACAAGAGGACAGUUUUUGUGGGUAAUUUGCCUUUUGAUGUUAAGGAUGAAGAACUUUACCAGUUGUUCUGCAGUAUCAAGCAGCUGGAAUCUAGCGUUGAAGCUGUUCGAGUUAUCAGGGAUCGACAAUCAGGUCUUGGAAAGGGGAUUGCUUAUGUCUUGUUCAAAACAAGGGAAGCUGCAAACUUUCUUUGCAGGAAACAUAACAUUAAGCUUCGAGACCGUGAACUUAGGAUUUGUCAUGCCAAGUCAAGCACUCAAUCCACAACACCGUCCAAGAGAAAAAGAACCCCGUCCCAAGGUGACUCGGAAAGCUCUCCUGCAAAGAAACUUUCAACUCCAGAAAGCAGCAGCCGCUACAAGGUAAGCGCCGGAGGGAAUACCUCAUAUCAAGGUAUACGUGCAAGUAAAUCUGGCGAGAAAAAGAAAACUCCUCAAAGACGAAUGGGUACUCCUGCUACUUCUACUCCGAAGUCUUCUGGAACGAAGAGGAGCGGAAACAAAAUUAAAGAGAGGACGGAGAAAAGGCCAGCAGUAGCAGCCAGAAAGGCUAAAGAAAAAAUGCAGAGUGGUGGUGUUCCCAAACAUGCUGGAAACAAAAGGAAGAUGAAUGUUAGAACUCCUCAAAGUUCCAGCAACAAUAAAAAGUUCAAGAAAUCCAAGUGAAUGGGGCCGUAGUGUUGUGUAUCUUUGAAUAUUUGUUAUAGUUUCCUUCGAAAAAAGAGACUUUUUGUAUGAUCUGGUAGUCAAUACUCAAUACUCUCUUGAAGGAUGUUCAAGACUACUUCAUUGUGAACAUAUGCUUACAAUGCUGAAUUUUGUAGUGUACUACUACUAGUAUACUGUACUUAUUAUUAUUCCAA